GUGUUCUAUCACGUGAUGAUAUGUAAAAUAUACUCUACAUUGAAUUAUAUAAUGAGACAUAGAUACAUGUUUUUGUUAAGACAAUAUGGAGUCCGACGAUGCUUGGUUUGCAGAGAACAUCGGAGCUAUUGAAGAAGUUGAAGAACAGCAUGAUCGCCAUUUUGUUUUCAAUGAUGCAGAUAUGGUGGCGAAGAAGGAUAAGUGGAAUAGAACAAGCUAUGUGAAACCUUUCACAUGUUCAUUGUAUGCUCGUCGCGAUUUUGCAGGUGACAUGGAGAUUAAGAUGAACAGACGUUGUCGUACUAUAUACAACGUUGGUUUUUUUUCCUUACGGUUUAUUAUCCUUCCUGUUAAGCACCUGCAAAUAUAUUAUUAUGUUAAGUUGAAGGAUAUUAUUAUUAAGCGCAUAUGGGCGCUGUUUACUGCUAAAUAUGAAGGAGAUAUAUCUGUUCUUCAAAGCAUCGUCGAAGGGUUGAAGACGAAGACUGUUGACAUAAAAAUAUUAUACUUUCAUUUUUCUCGUAAUGGGAAUACAAGAGUCGUGAAGCCUCACGCUUAUUAUUCCUUGCGUGAUUACAACAGAUUUGUUUCUAUUCAACAUGAUAGAGUAGUUGCUCGUCAAGAGGAAGCAAGGAAUAUUGUGAAGAUUAAGAAACGUAAGGAGUAUAAGGAAAGUGCUCGUGAAGUUAAGAAGAGGAAGAUGGAAGAAGAUACACGUAAGAGUCAUCGAGUGUCUGUCUUUGUUCCACGUUCUGUAACUCUGAAUAAGACUCCUAGUGAAGUGAGUCUGAAGACUGUGUUUCUUCGUUUAAAGAAUAUUUAAUAAAAUUAUAUGUUUAUUUAUG